AUGGAAGUUAAGUUUAUUAACUUCAAAAAAGAGAUUGUGAGUCUCCUUGGAGAGAAACCACGGCAAUCCUCCAAUACACGUUCCAAUUUACCUUCACCAAGCAUACCUUCCACAACAACGAACCUGAGUAUCCCUGCUCACACCCCGUUAGUAACGGUUAACUCCGAUAAACCUCUAGAUCAGUUACCGGAAAGCUGGGCCGAAGUUACGAAAUCCAGAGGCAGGAGGAACCUUUCUCCGAAAUUGAAUACCCGGCGCACCACUACAACUGAAGCUGUCACACUUCCUAAAACUCCUCAACCUUCUCGCCUAAUGAAGAAGCCGCGAAAUGUAGAAGUCAUCCAUAUCUCUACAAACAAAAAUAGUAGCUUAUCUCUUUGCGAAAUCCUAACAAAGGCCAAAGAGAACAUUAACUUACAAGAAUUAGGUAUAGACUCAAUUAAGCCUCGCUCUGCGAUGAAUGGUGGCUUACUCCUUGAAAUCCCUAAGAAGGGCAAUGGCGAGUUGGGUCCCACGCUAAUGAAUAAAAUCAGUUCCCUCUUCUCCUCAGGCGACGUUAAUAUUUCAUGUCCUAAAAAGUAUAAAGAACUUCUCAUAACGAAUCUGGAUUUAGCCUCUUCCCACCAAGAAAUUAAUAACACGUUACGCACCAUAUGUGGAGAUAAUGAAAGCUUCAUAUUGGGCCCAGUUCGACCCAAUGCAAGGGGAACAGCCACAGUCUGGUGCAAGUGUAAUGAAACUGCAGCCUUCAAAUUAAUAUCGAAACAAUCUGCCUUGAUUGGCUGGUCCACUGCUAGAUUCUUACCCCUCGAGAACAGACCCAUCCAAUGUUUUAAGUGCUGGGAUUUCGGGCACGUCCGAAAUAACUGCACGUCAGAAAUCGAUAUGAUAGACUGGUGUUAUAAAUGCGGUCACCAAGGGCACCCAUCCAGUACGUGCUCCUCAUCAGAAGCUAUCUGUAAAAUAUGUGAACGGAACAAAUUUAAAAACGAUCACAAGAUGGGAACU